AUGGAGUACACCUGCGUGGUUGCCGGUGAUGCCAUUGUUGGGGUGGAUGCCUUGGUGUAUCUGCUUGUCGACGCCCCACUUCCGCAGGCGCUGCGCGCGCAGCAGCAGUUAGCCGCCUCAUCGUUGUCAUUGAGUGCGUCAGAAAAUGUGCUUCUGCCGCUGCGGCGGCCAUUGCAGCUGCCGCAUCCCUCGCUGCCCGAGCUAAACAUUCGUGUUUUGCUGCAGGCCGCGCGUGCGCCGUCCGAUGUGGCGGGAGAAGAAGCAACGACUGUGGUGGUGCUCGUCUUCUCCAUGGCUUCCGCGGAUUCGCUGCAGCGCAUACAGACGGAGUGGGCGCCGCAGCUGCAGAGCCUAAGUCGCCCCCCUGCCGUAAUUUUUGUUGGAAUGACGCACGGCCAGAAUAAGGCGGCCCCGACGACCGUCCAGCCAGGCGAGGUUGUGCGUGUGGCGAAGGAGGUGCACGCAAAGGCGUACUUUGAGGUGGACGAGGACGACAACAACACUGUUCGCGGCGCCGCUGCGCUGGCAGAACUUAGGCAUGCGAUUGCCCGGGCGUGCACCGGCGAAUUUAAUGAGAUGGGUACUGUGACGGAGGCAACGAUUUAUGGGCAACAGCAGUGCGCCGCGCCGACGAGGUCGGCGCAGUCUCCCCCGUCUUCUCUGCUGCUUUUCAGCUCUGGCGCACCUGCUCCCUCGCCCUCGGGUGGUUGGAGCAGCAGCCUGGCGCGGGCGGGCCCCUGCGCCGUCUGGGGGUUUAGGCGACAUCCACGCACCAACCGACUCUUUUAUGUUAACCGCGUCACGAAGAAGUCGCAGUACAGGCGUCCGCCAGACUACGACGGUGAGGAGCCGGAGCUGACGCUGCAGGAGCGCGUGGAGGUGGAGCGGGAGCGGCAGGAGCAGCUGCAGCGGGAGGGUGAUCUGCGGCAAGAACACGAGGAGCUUGUGCGCUUCAACGCGGCGCUGGAGGAGCACCAGCAACGCGUGCGGAUGCUGCAGUCCGGCGCCCGGCAGCUGGAGCAUGCAGUGGAGCGGCUUCGAAUGCAGGCGGCGUCUUUGGCGCGUGGGCGCGAGGGAAGCAGAGUGAGCCGCGAGCACGUUGCCGCGCUGCGGGUGGAGGUGUCGGCGAAGGAGCGGGCCUUCCUGCAGGAGUCUCUGCAAUUCCACGCCACGCAGCAAGAGGAAAUGGGGGUGGCGCAGCGGGCUCUAAAGGAGGCUGAGGUGGAUGCAGAGGGAGAUGAGAGCCAUGAGGAAGGCGAAGAAGCGGCGCGGCCUUCCGGCACGCCGUCGCCACGGCGAGGAGGCAUCGUGGAGGAAAUACGCCUAGCACAGGCUGCGAUGCAGACAACCGUGGACAACACACGGGUAACCGUGGCGGCGUUGCGUGGGCUGCUCGAGAAGAGCAUCAAGCAGCGGGAGCGCAGUGCCAUUCUGCACGCGGAGCUCGCCUCCACGUUGAAACUCACGGAGUCGCUCUUGCAACGCACGGCGGCCGUCGAUGCGGAGGAGCAACGCAUUCGUGCCGCGCUGGUGGCUGAGCGUGCAUCCAUGGAGACGGAGGAGGAGGCGCUCCAGCCACUUGUCAAUGCGCGGGAGAUGCUGCUGCAGCGAGGGCGAGACCGCCGCUCGUCCGCAGAGGCCGAGAGUUUGCAUGCGAUGAUGUUGACAGAUGAGUUUCACCGGCUGGAGGAACAACUAGCGGCCGCCAAGCAGGGUUUAAAGAGCCUACAAAGGGCAAUUUCGCCGGAGGAAGCCUACGAGCUUGCACAGUUGCACCGCAGCCGUAAUAUACGGGCCUGUGUGACCGCCUUUGCCACAUGGGCCUGUCACAUUCGCCUCGUCGCACGUCUACAGCAAAGGCUAAAUAGACGUCUGGAACGGCUUUCCGAUUUACAGCGGUGUCGUUUAUUGCUGCUUCGGAACACACGCGAGCGGUGCGUGGAGGAACGUAUUUCCCUUUUGCAUGAGUGGUAUAGGCUAGACGCCGCAGGGAACCUCGGUGGCGGAGGUGGUGAUUGCUGUGGCACCGUGGCCCACAUGCGCCUUGUGGAGGAGCGUAUGGAGCAGCUGGACACAUCAAUCGAGCGAUUGCGGACGUAUAUGACAAGCAGCGAACACCAUGCGGGCAGUCACCAGCGGAUCAUUGAGCGCUGCCGAGGCGUCUUGGCGAAGUUGUCUCUGUGCAACGUGGAUGUAUCUCCCUUGGAGUCAGGCGAUGAAGUGGCGUCGUGCUGGCUGCUGCUGGCGGGCCGAGUAAGAGAGGUGGCGGCGCGUCUCGGCCCCGGUGUUAUUUCACUGGACACGGCUAACGCUCUGGACGGCGACGGCGCCGACGUUCCGGGGGUGACGGGUGAAGCAACGGGCGCCGCAUACGUGGCGCACGCGAGGCGGCUCCAGCAGGAGUUGUGCAGCUCUGCCGGGAGGAGUCUGCUGCGUCACUUUCGUCCGGAGGAACUGCAGGAAGCCGCAAGGAGACUUUCUCGUCAGCACGCAUUGGGUGAAGAGGGCGGAAACGACAGGAGCGGGGGCGCCACCGACGGCACAACACCGAGACGAGUAACGCCCAACGCGACGUCGUCGGGCGGCCCUCCUGCUAGUCAGGGCAACGGCGAGCUAUCACCGCUGCAAGCAGCCGGGGAUGCCUCCUCCGCGUCGGCGGCCACAGCAUGGAUGGAGCAUAUGCUGCGGUCUGUUCUUGCCCCGGCUGUGGAUAGCUGUGGCCUCGAUAUGGGCGGGGCAACGCUGCCGGCUGAGGAACGCGCGGCGGCUCAGCGGCCCCCCGCGUCGUGCGACGCGCUUCGCGAACGGUUGCGGCGGGAGUACGCCUAA